GGUAGCGCAACUGCUUCCAUCGUGUGUUUAAACUUUCUCCUCGCUCCUUAGCCGGCCCUGCCCUGCUCCUUCGUCCUCUCGCGAUAGAAGACGGGAACAGUCCCCCGACCCAACAUGGCUGAAGAGGAGGUGGCCAAGCUGCAGAAGCACCUUGCCCUUCUGCGGCAGGAGUACGUCAAGAUGCAGCAGAAGCUGGCCGAGACGGAGAGGCGCUGUGCCGUGCUGGCUGCCCAGGCGAGCCAGGAGGCCGCCAGCGACUCCUUCAUCGGCCGCCUGCUGGCCAUCGUGGGAGAGCUCUAUCAGCAGGACCAGUACAGUGACCUGAAGGUGAAGGUGGGAGAGAAGAAGUACAGCGCUCAUAAGUUUGUCCUGGCAGCCCGCAGUGAUAUCUGGAGCCUUGCCAGUCUGGCCUCCACCACAGAGCUGGACCUGUCCGAUGCCAAUCCGGAGGUUGCCAUGGCAAUGCUGCGCUGGGCAUACACCGACGAGCUGGAGCUGAGCGGAGACGACGCCUUCCUGAUCGACCUCAUGAAGCUGGCCAACCGCUUCCAGCUGCACCUCCUGCGGGAAAGGUGUGAGAAGGGCGUGAUGUCCUCUGUGAACGUGAGGAACUGCAUUCGGUUCUACCAGACAGCCGAGGAGCUGGACGCCAGCACCCUGAUGAAUUACUGCGGAGAGAUCAUCGCCAGCCACUGGGAUGACCUGAGGAAGGAGGAUUUCAGCACCAUGAGUGCACAGUUGCUUUACAAGAUGAUCAAGUCCAAGACCGAGUUUCCUCUUCACAAAGCCAUCAAAGUGGAGCGUGAGGAUGUGGUUUUCCUCUACCUCAUAGAGAUGGACUCCCAGCUGCCCGGGAAGCUGAACGAACUGGACAACAAUGGGGACCUGGCUCUGGACCUGGCCCUGUCCCGGAAGCUGGAGAGCAUCGCCACCACUCUGGUCAACAACAAGGCCGACGUGGACAUGGUGGACCAAAGCGGCUGGAGCCUUCUGCACAAAGCCAUCCAAAGAGGUGACGAAUUCGCCUCCACCUUCCUGAUUCGGCACUCUGCCCAGGUGAACGCUGCCACGGUGGGGGCCGUGGAGACGCCCCUGCACCUGGUCUGCUCCUUCAGCCCCAAAAAGCACGCGGGGGAGGUGAUGGCGGGGAUGGCGCGCAUUGCGGAAGCCCUGCUCAAGACCGGGGCCAACCCCAACAUGCAGAACAGCAAAGGCAGAACUCCUUUACAUGAAGCAGUGAUCUCUGGAAACGAGCCUGUCUUCAACCAGCUCUUACAGUGCAAGCAGCUGGACCUGGAGCUGAAGGACCACGAGGGCAGCACCGCUCUGUGGCUGGCCCUUCAGUACAUCACCGUGUCCUCCGACCAGUCGGUCAACCCCUUCGAGGACGACGCGCCGGUGGUCAACGGCACCUCGUUUGAUGAGAACAGCUUCGCAGCCAGGCUCAUCCAGCGGGGCAGUAACCCGGACGCCCCUGACGCCGCCACAGGCAACUGUCUCCUGCAGAGAGCGGCCGGAGCUGGCAGUGAGGCCGCCGCCCUCUUCCUGGCCACUCACGGGGCCAAGGUCAACCACACCAACAAAUGGGGCGAGACCCCUCUCCACACGGCCUGCCGCUACGGGCUGGCCAACCUGACCGCCGAGCUCCUGCAGCAGGGGGCCAACCCCAACCUGCAGACGGAGAAGGCCCUGCCCGACGACGAGCGGGGGCAGGGCGUCUACCUGCAGAGCCCCCUCCACAUGGCCAUCGUCUCCAACCACCCGGACGUGGUGUCCGUCAUCCUGGAGCAGAAAGCUAAUGCCCUUCAUGCAACCAAUAACCUGCAGAUUAUCCCUGACUUCAGCCUGAAAGACUCUAUGGACCAAACUGUGUUAGGCCUUGCUCUCUGGACAGGCAUGCACACAAUAGCAGCUCAGCUCUUGGGCUCUGGAGCUGCCAUCAAUGACACCAUGUCAAACGGGCAGACUCUGCUCCACAUGGCCAUCCAAAGACAGGACAGCAAGAGCGCCCUCUUCCUGUUGGAGCACCAGGCGGACAUUAACGUCAGGACGCAGGACGGCAAAACGGCCUUGCAGCUCGCCAUCAGCAACCAGCUGCCGCUGGUGGUGGACGCCAUUUGCACGCGCGGCGCCGACAUGUCGGUGAUGGAUGAGAAGGGAAACCCUCCGCUGUGGCUGGCCCUGGAGAACGGCCUGGAGGACAUCGCCUCCACCCUGGUGAGGCACGGCUGCGACGCCACCUGCUGGAGCACCGGGCCGGGAGGCUGCCAGCAGACGCUGCUUCACAGGGCUGUGGACGAGAACAACGAGAACAUGGCCUGCUUCCUCAUCCGCAGCGGCUGUGACGUGAACAGCCCCCGGCGGCCAGGUCCCAACGGCGAGGGGGACGAGGAGGCCAGGGAUGGGCAGACACCCCUUCACCUUGCAUCCAGCUGGGGGCUGGAGGAGGUGGUGCAGUGCCUUCUGGAAUUCGGGGCUAACGUCAACGCGCAGGAUGCCGAGGGCAGAGCGCCUAUCCACGUGGCCAUCAGCAACCAGCACAGCGUCAUCAUCCAGCUGCUCAUCUCGCACCCCGACAUCCGGCUCAACGUGCGGGACCGGCAGGGCAUGACCCCCUUCGCCUGCGCCAUGACCCACAAGAACAACAAGGCGGCCGAGGCCAUCCUGAAGAGGGAGCCCGGGGCAGCCGAGCAGGUGGACAACAAAGGGCGCAACUUCCUCCACAUAGCUGUGCACAACUCGGACAUCGAGAGCGUGCUUUUCCUCAUCAGCGUCCAGGCCAACGUCAACUCCCGGGUCCAGGAUGCUGCCAAACUCACCCCGCUCCACCUGGCCGUGCAGGCCGGCUCUGAGAUCAUCGUCCGCAACUUGCUGCUGGCCGGAGCCAAAGUGAACGAGCUGACCAAACACAGACAGACCGCCCUGCACCUGGCCGCCCAGCAGGACCUGCCCACCAUCUGCUCCGUGCUGCUGGAGAACGGGGUGGACUUCGCCGCGGUGGACGAGAACGGCAACAACGCUCUUCACCUGGCAGUGAUGCACGGGCGCCUGAACAACGUGCGGGCCCUCCUCACCGAGUCCAACAUCGACGCAGAGGCUUUUAACCUCAGAGGUCAGUCACCGAUGCAUGUCCUGGGGCAGUAUGGGAAGGAGAAUGCGGCAGCCAUCUUUGAGCUGUUCCUGGAGUGUAUGCCUGAAUAUCCCCUGGACAAACCGGACAGUGAAGGGAAUACAGUACUCCUGCUAGCUUACAUGAAAGGAAAUGCUAAUCUCUGCCGCGCCAUUGUGAGGUCUGGGGCACGGCUGGGUGUCAACAACAACCAGGGCAUCAACAUCUUCAAUUACCAGGUGGCCACCAAGCAGCUGCUCUUCAGGCUUCUAGAUAUGCUGUCCAAAGAACCACCAUGGUGCGAUGGGUCAAACUGUUAUGAAUGUGCUGCAAAGUUUGGUGUCACCACGAGAAAACACCACUGCCGCCACUGUGGACGCUUGCUGUGUCACAAGUGUUCCUUGAAGGAGAUCCCCAUCAUCAAGUUCGACCUGAACAAGCCAGUGCGGGUGUGUGACAUCUGCUUCGACGUGCUGACUCUGGGCGGUGUGUCGUAAUGGUCGCUCGAACCCGCUUCCUUCAUUCCAGGGCCACUCUGCCAGGCAGAUAGCGGCGCUCGGUCUGGCCUUGGGGGAGGGGUCAACGAGGCCGACCACGGAAGAGCCUGGACAAACUUUGGACCACUACUUCUGUACUAUUCCAGUCUUUCAAAUUAUAUACGUUAUAGUGGACUUUCAAGUAGAAUUUAAUAGUCUGGUCUGGUGAUCAAAGUAAUUGUGUGAGGAGAAAAAAAAACCCAAUGCCUCGUUGAAAGGCUUGGUAUUG